AGUUAUUUAGAACGCAUUAAUAUUUAGUCGGGUGAUAUUCCAAAUUUCAAAAAAAAAAAAAAAAAUGAAAUUUAUUUUACUGUUAACAUUCUUAUCCCUAAGUCAAGGAUUUUUUGUGAAGGAUUCUCAAGAACCGAAUAAACGUAUUGUUGGUGGUUCGACGGUAGACAUAGGUAAACAUGGUCAUCAAAUAAGUUUACGUAAAAAGAAUAUUUUUAAUCCCAGUGCUCCGUAUAGCCACACCUGUGGUGGUAGUAUUUACUCUGAAACUAUUGUCUUAACAGCCGCCCAUUGCAUUAUAGCUACCGUACCGAGUCAACUAAAAGUGGUGGCUGGUGCUAAUAUUAAAAAUGGCAAUGAUGGUGUUAUGGUACCGGUAAAGGAAAUCAUUAUGCAUGAGAAUUACAAUCCUAAGAAUUAUAAUAAUGAUGUGGCUAUUUUGUUAUUGGCGGUACCUUUGCCUUUAAAUAAAUUUACCAUAAGACCCAUAGAACUGAUAGAUGAUGAACCCACUGCUGGUACGAUGACCACUAUUACUGGAUGGGGGGCUUUAGUAGAGGGUGGUGCUUCACCUUCACUUCUACAAGAAGUAAAAAUUCCUGUAGUUUCUUUCGACGAGUGUAAUGAAGAUUAUUCGGGUGGUAUUACGGAAUAUAUGCUAUGUGCUGGUUUAAGAGGUCAGGGAGGUAAAGAUUCAUGUCAAGGUGACUCUGGUGGCCCCUUAACAAUACGUAAUAAGCUGGCUGGUAUUGUUUCUUGGGGUUAUGGUUGUGCUAGACCUGAGUAUCCAGGAGUUUAUGCAAAUGUUUGGACUUUAAAAUCAUGGAUAUUGGAAAAAAUUCAACAAAUUAAUAAAGUGCUGUAAUUUUCCAAAAUAUAAUAAAAUAACAAAAUUAAAAAUCAUUUACAAUAAACGAUUUAUUAUAAGAAUUCUUAUCGUUUAUAAA